UCCCAGAGUGCAAUGUGGUCGGCCCCUGCAGCAGGGAUUGGCGUGAGAGACGGAGAGACGAAGGUUCUAUUUGACCCUCGUAGCCCCGAGGAGGUCCUGGCUGAUGAACUUCCUGCUUCUAACGGGCCAGAAGCCACAGAGAAGACUGCUAUCAGGUUGAGAUGUCUGCUGAAACAGCUGGAGAGAGGAGAGGUGUCUCUGGUGGACCUCAAGAAGAACCUGGAGUAUGCUGCCACUGUUCUGGAGUCAGUUUAUAUAGAGAAGACCAGGAUAUUGGUGGAUACAGAGGAAGAGCUCAGCGAUAUCCAAUCAGAGUAUGUGCCUUCAGAGGUGCGUGAUUGGUUGGCCUCUACAUUCACCCGUCAGAUGGGUUUGAUGCUGCCGCAGACCGAGGAGAAACCACGCUUCAGGAGCAUCGUACACGCUGUGCAGGCUGGUAUCUUCGUAGAGAGGAUGUACAGACGUACCUCUAGCAUGGUGGGAGUGAGCUCUCCUGCUACAGUUGUAGCAGUACUGAAGCACGUUGAUAAGUGGUCGUUUGAUGUGUUUGCUCUGAAUGAGGCCAGUGGAGACCACGCCCUCAAGUUCAUCUUCUUUGAACUACUGACCAGAUACGACCUCAUCAGCAGAUUCAAGAUCCCGGUGUCAGCGGUGUUCUCGUUCGUAGAAGCUCUGGAGGUGGGCUAUGGUAAACACAACAACCCCUACCAUAACCUGAUGCAUGCUGCAGACGUCACACAGACAAUACACUACCUACUGCUGAAGACUGGCAUCGUGCAUUGGUUGACAGAGCUAGAGAUCUUUGCGAUGAUCUUUGCAGCAGCGGUUCACGACUACGAACACACUGGAACCACCAACAAUUUCCACAUCCAGACCAGAUCAGACACAGCGAUCCUGUACAACGACCAGUCUGUCCUCGAGAGCCACCAUGUCAGCGCAGCAUACCGCCUCCUACAGGACGAUGAUGAGAUCAACAUACUAUACAACCUGUCUAAAGACGACUGGAGAGAGCUGAGGAGCCUGGUGGUACAGAUGGUUCUGGCUACAGACAUGUCCUGCCACUUCCAGCAGCUGAAACAUAUGAAAAACUUUCUCCAGCAACCGGAGGGGAUUGAUAAACCCAAAGCCAUGUCUUUGCUGCUCCAUACAGCUGAUAUCAGCCACCCAGCAAAGACAUGGGACCUGCACCACCGCUGGACAGCAUCCCUUCUGGAGGAAUUCUUCAGACAGGGCGAUAAGGAGGCGGAGCUAGGACUGCCCUUCUCUCCUCUGUGUGACCGCAAGUCAACCAUGGUGGCCCAGUCCCAGAUAGGGUUUAUAGACUUCAUUGUGGUUCCAACCUUCACCGUGUUGACAGAAAUGACGGAGAAGAUUGUCAUUCCGCUCAUCAACGAGGCAUCACUCAGCCUGGCAGGGUUCAGGCGCUCUAGUCUAAACAGUAUUAGCUGUGAGGAUGCUAAGCGUGGUAGUGUUAAAAGUACCGGGUCAGAGGGCAGUGCUACUGGACAUUUUUCUCUACUGGCUGUGGACCUGAAGAACUUCAAGGCUCUGUGGAACGAAGAGGUUUAUCAGAACAGAGAGAGAUGGAAGACACAGGCCACUAAAGAGACACAGGAGAAGGCCAGAAGGGAGGCUGAGGAGGAGAGAGUGCUGCAGGAAGACACUAUGGAACCCCAGGAGAGAGAAAUUGAAACAGAGCUGGGAGAUACAGAGUCACAGGAGGGAGAGGGAGAGGAAGAGGGAGAGGAAGAAGAGGUGGAGGGAGUGGGAGAAGAGGAGAGUGAAGUGCCAGAGGAGCUCAACUUACGUCAGGACAAAUGCACAGAGAAGACCGAAGAGAGAGAUGGAGUGAGGACAGGAGAGAGUGAUGGAGUGAGGACACAGACUGGAAGUGCAGCAGACACCAGCCCACCAUUACAGAAGUCGGUAGAUCUGCACUAGGAUCAAGCAGCAGACCAGGAGGCUGAAGCUCUAACGCUCUCUACUGGACAGAGACUAUUACAUGUCAUCCCUCCAUCCUCCAUCCGCUGUUUCUUAUCAUAUGUAGAGUACGUAAGAGCCAACCUCAACUUUAUACAUGAGAGCUCUUUGAAGCAAUGAGGAAAAAUCAGAACUUCAGAUCUUGAGAACUUACUGAAUUGACUGAAUUGACAUGUAAUGGAACCCAACCCUGUUGCUUAUUGCUGGGUAUUUGAGCCAAACCCUUCCUUUCCUAUGUUGUGAUUGACAUUGUUUUUGUUUGUACAGUUGAGGUGCAUUAUGGGUAAAGAGCCUUCACAGACUCUUCAAUCCACCGACACCCCCAACUGGAUGUAUCUACAGUUGAAGUCGGAAGUUUACAUACACCUUAGCCAAAUACAUUUUAACUCAGUUUUUCACAAUUCCUGACAUUUAAUCGUGAAAAUUCCCCGUCUUAGGUCAGUUGGGAUCACCACUAUAUUUUAAGAAUGUGAAAUGUCAGAAUAAUAGUAGAGAGAAUGAUUUAUUUCAGCUUUUAUUUAUUUAAUCUCAUUCCCAGUGGGUCAGACGUUCACUUGCACUCGAUCAGUAUUUGGUAGCAUUGCCUUUAAAUUGUUUAACUUGGGUCAAACGAUUUGGGUAGCCUUGCGCAAGCUUCCCACAAUAAAUUGGGUGAACUUUGGCCCAUUCCUCCUGACAGAGCUGGUGUAACUGAGUCAGGUUUGUAGUCCUCCUUGCUCGCACACACUUUUUCAGUUCUGCACACACAUUUUUUAUGAGAUUGAGGUCAGGGCUUUGUGAUGGCCACUCCAAUACAUUGACUUUGUUGUCCUUAAAGCCUUUUUGCCACAACUUUGGAAGUAUGCUUGGGGUCAUUGUCCAUUUGGAAGACCCAUUUGCGACCAAGCUUUAACUUCCUGACUGAUGUCUUGAGAUGUUGCUUC